CCGUGUCCCCUACUCGCGCUGAGGCAGCCGCCGCCGCCGCCAUGUUGGUUUGAGAGGUGAUGACAGGCGGCUGCGGCGUGUGGAACUGAAAAGUGGAGGAGGAGGAGGAGGAGACACAGAGCUCUGAGAGGGAACCAUUCUUGGGUUGAGAAGAGGGAGGACCCGGCCGCUUCCGGGGACCAGCUGAAGUCGGCGUCGCCAGAGCUCGCGAGGGGAGGGGAAGGCGGAGACGGGGGAGGCGGAGGCAGCGGAGGAGCCCCGAGGAGCCGGAGACGAUGCGCCCCGACCUCCGCUGCUGUCCCGAGGUGCCCGCGGCCUGAGCCCGGAGGGGCCGUGGGGUGUCCUGCCCGCCUCGAGCGUCCCGCGAUCGUCGCCCCGGGUCCCCGCCCCCGGCUUUCGCUUUGGCUCCCAACUAGUUAAAUGCCCUUGAGCGCGGGUUUCCGCGGUCCGGCUCUCCGCCCCGGCGGCGCGAGUUGAGCCGCCUCCUGCGCGCGGCUCCUGGGCGAGGGUGCGCGGCCGGCGCCGACCACAGCUCGCGGCCACGCACUGCUCACGCGUCGAUGUGUAGCUACAUAGUUAUCUAUGAACAUUCACGCCGGGGCAUUUUUCUCCUGCUUAAUGAGGACUUGACUCGGGAGCGAGUGUGAAUCAUUGCUGGGGCUGGAAAGGAGGAAGGAGGAUUUAACCCCCUCCCACCCCGCUCCAUGUCCGUGUGUCACUCGGCUCGGUCCACCUGGCGCGGCCGGUCCUGGGGCUGCUGCUGCUGCUGCUGCUGCUGACGACGGCGACGACGACUGGGGCUCCCGCUGCUGUCCCGAGAGUUUCCUUUGGCUCUGGUCGCACAGCUCCUGGGGAUUGUUCCUCUUCGCACCAGAACCUUGGCCAGGCCGGCACUUUGACUCCGAAAUAACUUAUUAUUACUUUUUUUUUUUUGGAAAGCACAUCACGAACCAGUCAAAAUUGUGAAGGUUUAUUUCUGUAGCUUGAAGACUUCUUUUUUGUUUGUUUUCUGCGUAAACAUCUGGGUAUAUCUCAAACGGCAAGAUGUCCAGCAAUGUCCCGGCGGAUAUGAUAAAUUUGCGCCUCAUCUUGGUGAGUGGGAAAACAAAAGAGUUCCUGUUUUCUCCUAACGAUUCUGCUUCUGACAUUGCAAAGCAUGUGUAUGACAAUUGGCCGAUGGACUGGGAAGAAGAGCAGGUCAGCAGUCCAAAUAUCCUACGACUUAUUUAUCAAGGACGAUUUCUACAUGGAAAUGUCACCUUAGGAGCAUUAAAACUUCCUUUUGGCAAAACAACAGUGAUGCAUUUGGUGGCCAGAGAAACAUUACCAGAGCCCAACUCUCAAGGUCAGAGGAAUCGAGAAAAGACUGGCGAGAGUAAUUGUUGUGUAAUCCUGUAAACACUGUCUGCCCAGUGUGGUGUGACACAGUCUUUGUCCUUCAUGCUGCUGGGAUAGAGGAGACCCAACAUAGCUUCAGAAACCUUUAGGAACAGUCUGCCUGCAAAUCCAUGGAACUGAAUUAUCACAUGAACACCGUCAUCUGUUCUCAUGAAAGCAAAACAAAACAAGAACAUUUUUCACUAUGAUUUUUUUUUUUAUUUCUUACAUUUUUGUUUAUGUUGAGCAGUUUUAAAAUGUAUUGGUUUUUGAAUGCAGUCAAUCUCCAGGGGAAAAGUUAACAAGUUAUCUUUCAUAGCAGAACCAUUUUGCGGCCACAAAAAUGUUCAUCAUCAGAACUAACAAAUCAAGUGUUCCAAAUGCAAUUUGCACUAAAAAAGAUUGACAUUAUUUUCCUCAUCAGCAGAAUUUAUAACAGUUUAUUAUAUCUAGAAAUACUCAUAUAUACAAUUCCACACUGGAAGAUUCUCAGCAAUCAAUCAAGUUAAUUACCGGGCCAACUUGAGAGGAAAAAAUGGAAACUAAAAUGUUGGGUGAAUUCUACCAAAGUCAGCUGUGGUGGCUGUACUGGCACAGAAUAUUAAACUGAGUGUGAUUAUUUUCACUGCAACAAAUGAAAAAAACAAAAACAAAAUGUGCCUGUUGUUCAAAGCACUCAGUAGAGGGCUGAUGAAACUAUUUUUUUCCUUUAACACGUGCACUCUUGAGUCCUGGUCACUGAGUGCUUGUUCAGACAGCACACGCGGGUGAGAGUGCGUCUCCUAGCCUUAAUGUGGGAGGAAUGCCAGGCGCUCAGAGGCUUUUGUUAGCGUGCAGAGAUAUAGAAAACCUCAUUGACUAAUCAAUUUUAUGUAUUUGAAUAUCAGAAAAUUAAAAUUUUCCAUAAUUAUUGUUCAUCCAUAAUCGUGUCCAGCAUCAUACUUAUUCAGCGUUCAAAUGAAUUCUUAAAAUUAAAAAAAAAACUCCAUAGUACUAAUUUUGUUUCUUUAUAUAGUUUGCAUUUGGUAUUAGUGCUUGCAAUUGUAUUAAAAUCAAAAGCUGAUUUUUAAGGCAUACAUGAUUAAGGAUGCCACUCUUAUU